AGCUCGCCAGAGGAGCCGGGCAUGUUCAAACAUAUCCAGGCAGAGCAGCCUGCCAGGCUCCGCGGUCCUCUGUCCUUGGCUCGUGUUGGAUUUAUACACACAGAUUAUGUGAGAGUAGGCUGCUGCCAGUACCAAAGCCACCGCUAUGCCAUUUUCUUCCCUGAGGAACACGUAUCCCUGAUCCUAUACGAGAUGUAUGUUUGACUGAUUCAUCCUGACGCACACCACUGCCGAGGCUCCCCGGCGUGGCCAUGUCUCUCCCGGCCAAAGUGAUGAGAGACGGGCAGCUGGAGAAGCGCAGCAGCGGGCUCCUCCAGCUGUGGAAGAAGAAGCGCUGCGUGCUCACCGAGGACGGACUGCGCCUCCACAGCUGCAGGGGCUCCAAAGCCAAGGAGCUCCGCUUCGAGCGCAUGGUGACGGUGGACUGCGUGGAGUACAAGCGCGGGCUGGUGUACUUCACCGUGGUCAUGGCCACGGGGAAGGAGAUCGACUUUCGGUGUCCGCAGGACGGCACGGCGUGGAACGCGGAGAUCGCGCUGGCACUGGUGCGCCACAAGAACCUGGAGGCGGUGCAGACCGGCAGGAACAGACACCUGUCCGCGGCGCACCUGGGCAGCACCGGGGAGGACGAGGAGCUCUGAGCCUUCCUGUUCUCCUGGGUGUGGACCAGGCGGAGCGGAGAUGGGUGGAGGACUCCAGAUCCAUCGGCAUGAUUCUGUCGCGCACGGCAUGAUGGGACGUACUGAGCAGCCGUCAGUGAAUAUGGAUUAACGGACCGAAAACGAGAGUUGCAGAUACUCUUCUUGUAUUCCCAUGCCAUGGGUUUACUCACACUCAAACCAAGCAUAGGAAUCUGCAAUACUGUCAGCAUGGAUGUGGUUUUUUUUUUUCUGUCGUGAGCCCAUUGCUUGAGGUCAAUGUGGCGAUCGCUGCCUAAGGAAAAGAAAAAGAUGGCGGUAUCUGGACAGACACUGUUUACACCUGUGCCUUGACGUCUCAAACAUGUCUUCUAUUUUUUGGCCAUAUUCCCGCGGUGGUUUCUGCCGAAGCAGGAGUCACUUUGUUUCUUCAGUCUUACUUUUAAUGGAAACACUUUGGCUUUGAAACGUUUUUAUAUAGACUGAACGGAUCUGCAUGUAUUUCUGAAGUUGAACAUGAAGAUUUGAACUCAUGUUUGUUGCACAUUGUAUUCUAUAUAUUUGCAAAAACCAUGCACAGUGUUACAUGUAAAAAAAAAAAAAAAAAGAUCAAAUAAAUCUUUGCAGUAUCCCAAAGAGCUGA